AUGUCGCGGUGUCGGGCCGUGGCGAGAACGCUUGCACGGCAAUUACCAUCUCGACCGGAACCAUGCUCGAUCCGCGCAUUCACCUCUGGCGUCGUCCGCGCUGCUGAUGUGCAGAGUCCCCAGCAGGAAGCCGUCGGUCUCGACCUCGAACCGAGCACGGUGCUGCCCGAGUUCGAGGCGGCGCUGAUCAAGGCCGGCAAGAUGCCCGUCGGCUCGCGGAGGCGGCGCGUGGCGAUGCGGUUGACGGCCGACAUACCCUUUGAGCAGCUGCCCUUUCAGGCCUUCCAGGAGGCCCGCAAGAUCCUCGCCGCCGACCGCGAGGAUAAGCUGUCCAAGAUCGCCACCGAGCUGUCCAAGAUUGCCCGUCUCGAGGCCAAGGGCGCCGAGGACAUCCGCGGCGGCCAGCAGAUGAAGGACACGAAGCUCGCGAGUCUGCGUCGGCACGUCGAGGAGCUCAAGAUUCUGGCCGACGUCAACGAUCCCUUGGUCAAGAAGCGAUUCGAAGACGGACUGGGGGACAUGAACAAACCAAUCUACCGCCACUACGCCGAGAAGAAGUGGCGCUCGUACGACUACCGCCUCGUCAAGCAGCGUAUCGAGCAGUUCAGCAUCGUGCCGGACGUACUGCCCAAGCUCGAGCCGACGGCCGACGUGCAGCUCUACUUUCGUCUGAAAAAGGUGUCACCCGGCGACGUCGUCGACAGCAUCGUCAGCGAGCGCGCCCCGCGCUUACGCGUCCAGCUCUUCGACAAGGGCGAGCGCCUCGUCACCGUCGUCGUCCUCGACGCCGACGUGCCGGACGUCGAGGCUGACAGGUUCGGCAAGCGGUGCCACUACCUCGCGGCGAACAUCCGCCUGAGCCCGACCGACACGUCGCUGCCGCUGAGCCUCGUCCGGGCCGACGACCAGCUCGCCGUGCCGUGGCUGCCGGCGUUUUCGCAAAAGGGCGCGCCCUACCACCGCCUCGGCAUCUUCCUGCUCGAGCAAAAGGCCGGCGAGAGGGUCGACGUGGCCAAGCUCAAGGAGCUGUACGCGGGCAGGGAAGGCUUCUCGCUGAAGUCGCUGCGGGACAAGUUUGGCCUGAAGCCGUUUGGCUUCCACAUGUUUCGGUCCGUGUGGGACAGCGACACGGCCGACGUCAUGGCUCGGCACGGCAUUCCCGGCGCCGACGUCGAGCUGCGUCCGGUCCGUGUUCACAGCCUCAAGCCGCCCGUCAAGGCGCGCGGUUGGGAAGCGAAGCGGCAGGGACCAAAGUACCGCCACCUCUGGAAGUACACGAAACGCAUCCGCGGCGUGUCGAACGCGCGAGGGUGGAUCAAGAAGCGGUAG